AAACAUAACAUAACAUUUAACAGUAAUGCUUUAACCCGUCAUCCUUGGAGAACAUCAGCUGAUGAAGUCGCUUUUGCUAUCACAAUGAAAGCAGGCAGACUGGAGAUGUCAACGCAAUUAAUGCUUUCAAGUUGAGACUUGUCAAUGAAACCAGAAAAGCUGCCAAUAUGAAUAGUUAUACUCGACUCGAUGUCUGCUCUGGCCUGAUUUUCUUGAUACUCAUACUUGGCGCAAAGUUGCAGCUUGCCCGUUGCAAGCAAAAUGAUGUGCUUGCUGGGCGCCUUGAAAAUGUUACACAGACGAUAUCGAAGAUACUUCAGGGAUACGAUAUCCGCCUCAGGCCUAAUUUUGGAGGCGAGCCACUACACGUUGGAAUGGAUUUGACCAUAGCAAGCUUCGACGCCAUAUCAGAAGUUAAUAUGUAUUGGCGCGACGAGCGUCUGGCGUUCAAUAUUUACGGCCCGUAUUAUAACGGCGAUUAUAACGAUGAUGAUGGAAUCCAUGAUGUGCUGACUUUAUCGGGUGAUUUUGCCGAGAAAAUAUGGGUACCAGAUACAUUUUUCGCAAAUGACAAAAACAGCUUUUUACACGACGUAACCGAGCGAAACAAGCUGGUGCGCCUUGCGGGCGAUGGCGCUGUUACUUAUGGUAUGAGGUUUACCACAACCCUUGCCUGUAUGAUGGAUCUGCAUUAUUAUCCAUUGGACUCACAGAACUGCACCGUGGAAAUUGAGAGCUAUGGAUAUACUGUCAGCGAUGUGGUCAUGUACUGGAAGCCAACACCUGUGCGAGGUGUGGAAGAUGCAGAACUGCCUCAGUUCACUAUUAUUGGCUAUGAAACAAAUGAUCGCAAAGAGAGGCUCGCCACUGGAGUAUAUCAGCGCCUUUCCCUUUCAUUCAAAUUGCAGCGAAACAUUGGUUAUUUCGUGUUUCAGACUUAUCUUCCUAGCAUACUUAUCGUAAUGCUUUCAUGGGUUUCAUUUUGGAUUAACCACGAGGCCACAAGUGCAAGGGUCGCCUUGGGAAUCACCACGGUGCUGACUAUGACAACGAUCAGCACUGGCGUUCGUAGUUCAUUGCCUCGAAUUUCUUACGUAAAGGCUAUUGACAUCUAUCUAGUUAUGUGUUUCGUAUUCGUCUUUGCCGCGCUUCUUGAAUACGCGGCCGUCAACUAUACCUACUGGGGAAAGCGAGCAAAAAAAAAGAUUAAAAAAUUCAAGGACUGUGAUCGACAAAAGAUAGGUAAAAGCGAAAGAUCUCUAACGUGUUCAACGACUGAAGACAUAAUUGAGCUUCAAGACGUACGCAUGAGUCCCAUACCUUCGUUACGGAAAGGUAAUUAUAAUGCGACCCUUGGCUCCAUCGGCACUGAGACCUUAAACUUGGCCAAGUUUCCGCCAAGUUUUCGUAUCACCCGAAACUAUGGCACUGGACGUAACCAACUGCGACAUCGUUCACAGAGGGGAAUCCCAACUCGACCUCGAAUGUUGCAUGCAAUAAAAAGAAGCGCAUCUGCCAUCAAAGCCACUAUACCGAAGAUCAAAGACGUGAAUAUAAUUGACAAGUACUCGCGGAUGAUAUUUCCUAUCAGUUUUCUUGCAUUCAAUCUUGGAUAUUGGCUAUUUUACAUAUUGGAAUAAUAGAGUGUCUGCGAUAACACUAUGCUACUAAAUCGA